UCUGUCUUCUUUCUCCCAAAAAUCUAACAAAACUAAAGUUGUGGCUGCAAUUUGCCUAUCAGUUUUCUUCUAUGCUCCCUCCCACUUCCCUUAACCAAUCCUAUUCACUCACUCUCUCACACUUCAUACCCAAAACCCUGCAUUCUUAUUUUUGUUCCAAAAUAACCAGAGACACUAAUUACCCAUAGUUCAUUUCAUUCAACAAAAUACAUGUAAUUAUCACCCAAUAAAUUUCUAGCAAAAGUAUUAUUAACGGUAAUCAUAGUUAAAGAUUAAAUCUUUGUUCAUCUUUAAUCUCCUAAAUUCUUUUUGCUUGUCUUUCAUGCAAUGAAUAGUAUAUGAACAUCAAUCACCACCAGAAAAGAUACCAUUUUUGUUAGUUUAGUGAGCUGCAAAGGAAUUAGAAGAUCAGUAGAUAGAAAUGGAAACAUAGUUGAUAGUUUUGUGCUGGUGGGUUGGUGCAAAUUUGGUUUUGAUUGGGAAAGAUGUCAGGUGGUGGGUGUAGCAUAGUUUGGUUUAGAAGAGAUCUAAGAGUGGAAGACAAUCCAGCCCUUUUAGCUGGUGUGAGAGCUGGGGCUGUUGUUGCUGUGUAUAUAUGGGCACCUGAAGAAGAAGGUCAUUAUCAUCCUGGUAGAGUCUCUAGGUGGUGGCUUAAACAAAGUUUGGCUCACUUGGAAUCUUCUUUGAAGAGUCUUGGCUCUGUUCUUGUUACUAAAAGAUCAACUGAUAGUAUUUCUUCUCUUCUUGAAGUUGUUAAAUCUACUGGUGCUACUCAGCUUUUCUUCAACCAGUUGUAUGAUCCUUUGUCACUCGUUAGGGAUCACCGAGCAAAGGAGGUUUUGACUGCACAAGGCAUACCUGUUAGAACCUUUAAUGCAGAUUUGCUUUAUGAACCAUGGGAUGUCAACGAUGCCGAAGGACGCCCCUUCACAACAUUCACUGCCUUUUGGGAAAGAUGCCUUAGCAUGCCUUAUGAUCCAGAGGCUCCACUUCUCCCACCUAAGAGGAUCAUUUCAGGUGAUAUAUCUAGAUGCCCUUCAGACAAACUGAUAUUUGAAGAUGAAUCAGAGAAGGGAAGUAAUGCAUUGCUUGCUCGAGCAUGGUCACCUGGGUGGAGCAAUGCUGAUAAGGCUCUGACCGCAUUCAUCAAUGGACCAUUAAUUGAGUACUCUAUGAAUCGCAGGAAAGCUGACAGUGCUACAACCUCCUUUCUUUCUCCUCAUUUGCAUUUCGGGGAGGUUAGCGUACGAAAAGUCUUCCACCUGGUUCGCAUUAAGCAGGCGCUGUGGGCAAAUGAAGGGAACAAUGCUGGGGAAGAGAGUGUAAACUUGUUUCUCAAGUCGAUUGGUCUUAGGGAAUACUCGAGAUACAUGAGCUUUAACCAUCCUUACAGUCAUGAAAAGCCUCUUCUUGGCCACCUUAAGUUUUUCCCUUGGGUUGUCGAUGAAGGAUAUUUUAAGGCAUGGAGACAAGGUAGAACAGGCUAUCCAUUAGUUGAUGCGGGAAUGAGAGAGUUGUGGGCCACUGGCUGGUUGCAUGAUCGAAUACGAGUAGUCGUUUCUAGUUUCUUCGUGAAAGUUUUACAGCUUCCGUGGAGAUGGGGAAUGAAGUAUUUCUGGGAUACUCUCUUGGAUGCAGAUUUAGAAAGCGAUGCCCUUGGUUGGCAGUACAUAUCUGGAACUCUACCUGAUGGCCGCGAGUUUGACCGUAUAGACAAUCCACAGUUUCAGGGGUACAAGUUUGACCCCCAUGGUGAAUAUGUACGGCGGUGGCUUCCCGAACUUGCCAGACUACCAACUGAAUGGAUACAUCACCCGUGGAAUGCGCCUGAAUCUGUACUCCAAGCUGCUGGGAUUGAACUGGGAUCAAAUUAUCCUCUCCCAAUUGUAGAAAUAGAUGCGGCUAAAGUCAGGCUGCAAGAAGCACUUUCGGACAUGUGGCAGCAAGAAGCAGCUUCGAGAGCUUCCGUUGAGAAUGGGACCGAGGAAGGACUUGGGGACUCAUCUGAAUCACCCCCAAUUGCCUUUCCUCAAGAUAUACAAAUGGAAGAAAACCAUGAACCUAUUAGGAACAACCCUCCUAUGACAAUCCGCCGUUAUGAGGAUCAGAUGGUCCCAAGCAUGACUUAUUCUUUGCUAAGAGUAGAAGAGUCAGAAGCCUCUUCAGAUCUUCGAAUUGCUGCAGCAGAGGGCAGAGGAGAGGUGCCGAGAGAUGUACAUGCCAAUCAAGAUCAAAGAAGAGACGCUGUAAACCUCGGUGUUGCACAAAAUAUUCGCGUUAACAACAAUGUGCCACAUUUUAAUAUUCUCAGAGGUCUAGCAACUACUGAAGAUUCAACAGCAGAAUCUUCUAGUAGCAGUUGGAGAGAGAGGGAUGGAGGUGUAGUUCCAGUCUGGUCUCCUCCAAGUGCUAGUUACUCCGAGCAGUUUUCCGGUGAUGAAAAUGGAAUUGGAACAAGUUCUUAUUUGCAAAGGCAUCCACAAUCGCAUCAGAUAAUUAGCUGGAGGCGGCUGUCUCAGACUGGGUGAAACAUAUAUUACUGGAGAAAUCGAAUGCCAUAAGGAUACACAAUGAUGCUUAAUCCUGCAAAUGGUUACAUUUUUUAACACGGAGCUCGUCGGAAAUGGUGAACACAUCAGAUUUGACCAUCAAUGUGUAUGAUAGUCCAGAAAGAUUCAGGCAGACCAUCUGCUAUUGUUUUUACUUGUACUUUCUUGUACCAUAAUACAUAGUUCUGCUGUAUAGUAUUUGUAAGCGAGGGAUGCGAGUGAUGAUAGGAAUUGUAGUUCUCUAAAUAAACUAAGGUUUGUGCUUUCUCUUUUAGUUUAUUAGGCAGAUAAUUUACUCUUA